AUGAUUCAUGAGCAAGAAAAACUUAUGAAACUCAAUAUACAAUUAAGUUUUCAUCAAGAUGGGGUUGAAAUAAACCACAUAUCCAUUCAAGCAGAAGAAAUCAAAAAUGAAAUAUCUUUACUUUUUCAAAACAUGCUGAGCUCAAACCGUUUUGAUCUAGGCACAUGCACAAUUCACGCACUAAAAAUGGAAUUCAAGCAAAGCAAACUGUUUUCUAAUCUCAGAUAUGACCCUAACCCUAAAAUCAGAAAUCAAGUACAGCUAGAAAUAAAUGUCUUUACAUUUAUUUCGAAAUUAGAUUUAGUUCCAGCUUACAUGAAGAUUCCUUAUUAUCCAGACGACAAAGAUGUCAUCGGAAGACAUUUUGGUAGCACAAUAUUUUCUAUCCUACGUCUAACAAUAGGAGGAAAAAAUUCUAGCUUCAUUUUCCAGUCAAUCUUCGAUAAAAUUUUACAAGGCAUGUCCGCCACUAGUUAUCAGAAUGACUGUUGGAUCUUCACCCAAGGAACAUUUGCACACCACAAAGAAGAAGUCUUCAAAGUAUGCUAUAAAAUCAACCAACAUUCUCUUAAAAUAAAUCUCAAUAAAUGUGAUUUUGCAACGUUUGAAACAGAAAUUUUAGGCCACAUUAUCAAUUGUUCAGAAACAAAAAUGUCUCUCAAGUUCACUCGAAUUCUUUCUCAAUUUCCAAUGCCUACAAACAUUCACCAACUUUAA